AUGAAGGUAGUCCAGGAGAUGACCAAGGACCCGGUGGAAGCUCCAGUGGAGUCUACCAGGGCACGAGGGGGCGCGAGGUCAUCUCGCCGGCGCACAAUGGACGUGAUGAUGGAGGACGAGCUCGACGAGGAGACGUUGCGAUCGGCCCACCAGGAGGAGCUGACAGCCAACUGCCAGGUCCAGAAGGAGAUGCUGGCGGCUCCGGGUCAGCUCAACCAGAGGCUGGAGCGCCUCGAGGCGCCGAGGGCUCCGAGUUCCGCGGACAGUUUUAUCGCAGAGCUCGACCCGAGGAAGCAGCGAUGGCUCGCGAAGUGCAUCAGGGAGAGCAACAGCACCGAGGACUUCGAGGCGCUGAUGGCACAUGGGGGGGUCAAGCUCAUGGAGCUGGCCUGUAGUCCCGCAUCCAUCCUGAGCACGAAGAUGGCCGAGAAGUUUGGCGAGGAAGCAGCGCGGCGGGUCAGCUCGUGGAGCGGCCACAAGCUCGGGACAGCCCAGGGUAACCAGAAGGCACGGGAGACCAGGGACAAGGCCGAGCCCGACCACCUCUGGAUCAGCACUCGGCGUGGUCCCCUGAAACGAUGGCUCCAACAAGCGAUCAGAGAGUACAAGGGCGCGGUGCAACUGGUGUACGACCAGGUGGCCCAGGGCAGGCACGCCCACUGGGAGUGGCCUAUCAAGUGCGAAAGGUGGGGCCAUGUCAUGAUUCGCCAGAUGAUCGAGGACUGCUCAAUGACCGUGGUGAAGGUGGCCGGGUGCCAGCUCGGGGUCAAGAAUGAGAAGGGGGAGCCUCUCCUGAAGGAGUGGCUCAUCGCUACGACCUCACCGAAGAUGGCGGCUCGGAUAGCCACAGAGUGCCCAGGAGGUCACCGGCAUGGCGAGCUCAUGGGCGGGGGCCUCACGGCCUUGACAGGCUACUACACGGACGAGUUCGCCCGGAGGGCCGUGCGGGCCAUGAUCGAGGAGGCCGCGCCGGACCACCACGAGUUCUUGCGGACCAAAGGGCACGCCUUCGCGGGGCAACUGGAGUCGACCUCACCCUCCGAGGACCCUGGCUCCAAGGAGUACCAGAAGAUCAUGCAGUGGCUCACAUCUGUGCACCGAUGGUCCGGUCACAGCUCCAAGGCAUCCAUGCUGAAUGCGCUGAAGAGGAAGGGGGCGCGCGAGGAGGCGAACAACCGCCGCCCGACGCACCCGCCCGUCAGUCUUGAGGCCGCACCCCCGAAGUGGAAGCAGAUCCAGGCGGACCGAUUCGAGUGGGAGCACCCCUGGACGAAGCUCAAGGCCAAGUUCUCGCUGAUCAUUGACGAGAACUGCAAGGUCCGGGUCACUAAGCUGUUAUGCCACAUGAGCUUCUACGAAGAAAGGUGGCUGCCGUACUUCGGGAAGCCGCAGCGCGUGAAGGUGGACCCCGAGGGCUCCUGGAUGUCCAAGCAGGCCGCCCAGCAUUUUGACUCGGACUCCAUCGGAUACGAGCCGAUCCCCGGCCAGGCUCACUGGCACAGUUCCCUCUCUGAAGAGGCGAUCCAGGCAACCAGGGGGACGAUGGACAAGCUCGUGACUGAGAACACGGACACGUCCACCGAAGAGGCCCUGGCCCGCGCCACAGCAGCCGGGAACUCUCGGGAGGACGCACGAGGCCAUUCCCCCUUGCAGCGCGCGCUGGGAAGGGCCCCUGACCUGGACGGCCAUUUCUUCGAGAGCGACUUCGACGAGCUGCCCUGCGUCGAGGCCCAGCGGGUCGACAAGGAGUACGGCCAGAACUACAUGGGGAUGUGCGCGGCCGAGCAGGAGUACCUGUGGCAGGUGUACCUGCGUCGCCUGAGUCGGGCAGAGAAUGCCAAGAACCAGUCGCUCAAGGCCGUGGCGCCUGGCAUGUGGGUGCGCUAUUUCCGCAAGGAGAAAGGCGAGCAAAUCCGACACUGCAUCCAGGUCGUGCUGGACUUGUGGUCUGGUUGGUCCGGGCAGGACGCAUCAUCAAGGUGGAUUUAUGCCAGAAUCCGGGCUGCGUCCGCGCGGGAGAUCGCCUGCGCUGAGCUCAUGGCGGGCAAGGGCGCGCCCUGGACCGUGAACGCAUUCAUGAAUCAGGCGAUGCGGCAGGAGUACCUGGACUUCUCGGGACACGACCCCACGGAGCAAGACGAGGAACUCGCAUCCUGGGAGGGGGUGCCUGAGCCAGCGCCUCCGAUGAAGAAGGCGCGCCACGAGGAGCCGCCGAAUGAGACCAAGUCGACUCGGAAGAAGGCCCCACCGCCAGGAGGAGUGGCCAGCAUCGCGAAGGCAGCCCGGGCCGCGCAGGCAGAGGACAUCAUGAUAGAAGAGGCUGCCCUCAUGGCCAAGGCACCCCCGGAUGCCCGAUCCUUCUGGGCAGGGGACAUCCCUGGAGGAAAGCCCCUGCAGCAGGCCACGAGGCACAUGAGCACCUACAUGGCAGGCCAGUUCAAAAGGGGGAAGCGAGAGAUCUCAGAGCGGACCCUCACCCUGGAGGAGGUGAAGAAGUUCAGCGUCGCCAAGGCCGCCGAAGUGAACAACUACGUGAUAUCCUGCGUGCUGGAAUCCUUGCCGCCUGGGGUCACCCCGCCACCAGAGGAUGCAAUGCGCAUGCGGUGGAUCCUGGAGCGGAAGGUGGACGAGACCACGAGCGAGAAGAAACCCAAGGCCCGGAUCGUGGUCUUGGGAUACAUGGACCCUGAGUGCGAGCACCGUCCGACGACCGCUCCAACCAUGACCAGGACCUCCCGGCACCUGGUACUGCAGGCUAUGGCGUGGCUCGGGUUCAAGGGGUACAAGGCUGACGUGACAGGAGCAUUUACCCAGAACCGGGAGAUCAAGCACGACCUGUUCGUGAUGCCCGUGAAGGAGCUGGCCGUCGCCGACCAAGCGCUUGUGUCGGUCCGCUUCCGUUCCCGCUGCCCGGGAGCAAUGGCGGCACGCAGGGCCGCUGUGGACGAGAGGUUCGCGGCGCUCGAGGCGAGAGUGACGUCGGUGGAGGGUGGGCUGCAACGCAUAAAGAGGGACCUGGGCGAGGUUCGCAAGAGCUGCCACGUCGUCCUUGAGGGGUUCGACAAGGUGGAGAGCGCGUGGGCAGAACACGCACCGAGCCAGUUGUGGAGGGAGCUCCGCCUGGCAGUGCCGAAGGCGGUGGGCGAGGACCUCUGUGAGGCCCUCCAGGUGCCGUGGCCGCUGCCGCAGGAAGACUCCCAGGAGUUCCAGGCGCUGGGCGACACGGGUCUGGCUAUCUCCAAGAUAGUCAGUGGCCUGGCCGGCGCGGACGUGCUGGCGCACGUCUUCGACCAGUCGAGGAACACGGCCGGCGGCAGGAGCCGAGUCGAGGGCACCUUUCGGUUGACCCUCCGGUUCGGCGAGGAGUCCCUAUCGGUGCAGGCGGCGCUGGCCUUUUUGGACGGGCCGCUUCGCACGGCAGCGGGCCUUCCCGUUCGCGGGAGGCCUGCGCCGCCGAGGGCGGAGGGGGCCCCUGCCACGAAGCGCAGGCUGACGUACGCGGAGGCGACGCCGGAGGAGCGGGAGCGCAAGCGCGCGCGCCAGGAGGCCAGCGGAGGCGGCCCCAAGGGCAGGGGCGGGAAGAGCAGCAAGGGGCGCGGCGGCAAAAACGGCGGCAAGGGCAAAGGAAAGAAGGGUGCCAAGGGGAAGGGGAAGGGCAAAGCCCAGGGCAAAGCGCCCGCCGCACCCGCGGCAGAGCCCGCCGCCAGCGCCCCGGCGUCCUCUGUGGCCCCGGCGCCGGCGGCAGCCCCGUCCGCAGUGGCGCGGGCCAAAGCCGCCGCUGACGCGGUGGCCGCGGUCCACGCCAAGGCCGCCCCGGCUGCUCACGGAGCAGCGGCCGCCGGCAGCGCCGACCCCCCCCCCAUCGGGGGCGGGGGCGGUGGAGGCCUGAGCGCCCACCUCACCAGCGUCGUUGCUGUGGCGGCGAAGACGCUCGUGGGUGUCUGGCCCUUGCGGGUGCGGGAGUUCGCGGGCGCACUCGACGAGGGCGAGGGCGAGGAGCUGGCCGUCGCCCUGGGGAUGCCCGAAGGGGUUGCGAUGAGGCUGCGAAAGGCAGUCUAUGGGCUCGUGGAGGCGGCAAUCGAGUGGUUCAUGACGGUGAGCGAGGCCCUGGAGGAGUUCGGCUGGACGCAGAUGAAGAUGGACCCAUGCGCCCGGGUGCUCCACGGUCAAUCUUACGGCCAGGACACCAGAUUCACUAAGGAGGCCCUGGGUCAGUUCACCGCAUCUGAGGUGAUGGGCGAGCUGAUCGCGGCGAAGAGUGACCUGGACAUUGCGGCUAUCGCGAGGUCCCACUGGAAGGCAUGGGAGGCCGACGAGUUCAUGCAGACUGGUGUCCGGAUCAGGCAGCUGCCAGGCAUGAGCUUCAAGAUGGAGCAGAGUGAGCAUGUCAAGACCAUCGAGAAAGCAGUCGUGAGCCCGGAGCGAAAGAAGAACAAUGACGCCCCGACCACAGACAAGGAGAAGGGGCAGCUGAGGGCAAUCCUGGGCGCCACGGCUGGCACCCUCCUGGACACGAACCGCCUGGUGGACAGGGCGCGGGAAGGAGCAGACCUCCCAGUGGCCAUCCACGGCCAUUCUAGCGCGCAGGUAGUCGUUCCCAUCGAGUGGUCAGAUUCCUCGGGGGCGAACCGCCCCGACGGAAAAUCCACCAAGGGACUUGUCACAGAGAUGGCCCCACUACGCAUCCUGCAGGGGGAUGAGUCAGACGUGAGCAUGAUCUCAUGGAAGUCAGGGAAGAUUGACCGAGGGUGCCGGAGUUCCGCAGCAUGUGAGGCCCGAUCAGCUGUAGACGGUGAGGACGAACUGUUCGGGGUCAAGCUCCAGUGGCUGGAGAUACUCGGCAACCAGAUUGACUGGCGCAACCCGGAGGGGGCCCUCAGCCAGCUACCCGCCGCCCUCGUGGUGGACGCCAAAGGUUUCUACGACAAGCUGCAGACCACGGUGCGCACAUUCCGCGGCAAGGAGAAGAGGACUGACCUGGUGAACUUUUUGACGAAGGGGCAUGAGCCCCGACAGCUGAGGAUCCACUACAAAAGUGGCCACAGGUGGAAGCUGGUCCACGACGCCAAGUACCAGAGUGCCAAGAGGCGGAAGGCCGCGGGGAUCCUUCCAUUCGAGAGCGUCCCUCCUGGAGUGCUGCGCCAGGAGGAUGCAGGAGAGGAUGCCACGUACGCUGCAGCAGGUGCUGGAACUAGUCUCGCGGGUUUCCCAGA